AUGUACGUCAGUCGCCUUUUGCUCUUUCUGGCCCCUUUGCUGGUCAAGGGUCAGCUCUCUGGCAGCGUCGGUCCUCUUACAUCGGUCAGCUCCAAGAGCCAAACCAAGACCUGCAAUGUCCUCGAUUACGGCGCCGUAGCGGACAAGUCUACGGAUAUUGGCCCUGCCUUGUCAUCCGCCUGGGAUGAAUGUGCCGACGGUGGGGUUGUCUACAUCCCUCCUGGCGACUACGCGAUUGAGACAUGGGUCAAACUGUCUGGUGGAAAGGCCUGUGCCAUCCAGCUCGACGGUAUCAUCUACCGCACCGGCACCGACGGCGGGAACAUGAUUAUGAUCGAACACACCUCGGACUUCGAGUUCUUCAGCAGCACCUCCAAGGGCGCAUUCCAGGGCUACGGAUACGAGUUCCAUGCCAAGGGCUCGUCGGACGGACCACGGAUUCUCAGACUCUACGACGUGUCGGACUUUUCCGUGCAUGAUGUCGCCCUCGUUGAUUCGCCGCUCUUCCACUUCUCCAUGGACACCUGCUCCAACGGAGAGGUAUACAACAUGGCCAUCCGCGGUGGCAAUAUGGGCGGCCUGGAUGGAAUUGACGUUUGGAGCACAAACGUCUGGAUCCACGACGUAAUUCAUGCAGAACAUAGUCCCUUCGACGCCCGGUCUGAUCGCUUGCAGAGCCCCUCCAAGAACAUCCUCGUCGAGAACAUAUACUGCAACUGGAGUGGAGGCUGUGCCAUGGGCUCCCUAGGCACCGACACUGAUAUUUCUGACAUUGUGUACCGGAACGUCUACACCUGGAAAUCGAACCAGAUGUAUAUGGUCAAGAGCAACGGGGGCAGCGGGACCGUGUCCAACCUUGUGCUGGAGAACUUCAUCGCAAGAGCUGACAGCAAAGGUCACGGAAACGCCUACUCGCUCGACAUCGAUAGCGCCUGGAGCAGCAUGAGCACGAUUGAAGGCGACGGUGUUGAGUUGAAGAACGUGACAAUUCGCAACUGGAAGGGAACCGAAGCAGACGGAUCCCAGCGAGGCCCGAUCAAGGUGAAGUGUGCAUCCGGAGCACCUUGCACUGACGUUACGGUUGAGGACUUUGCAAUGUGGACCGAGUCAGGAGAUGAACAGACGUAUGUCUGUGAGAACGCGUUCGGCGACGGAUUCUGUCUCGCAGACGGUGACGGCACCUCGACCUUCACCACGACUCUGACCGCCUCGGCGGCGCCCUCUGGUUACUCCGCACCCAGCAUGGACGCCGACCUCGAGACCGCCUUUGGUACUGAUAGCGAGAUCCCCAUCCCCACCAUUCCAACCUCCUUCUACCCAGGUGCCACCCCCUACAGCGCGCUUGCCGGAGCUUCAGUCUCUUCAAGUCAAGUACCCGCUGCAUCUUCCAGUGCUGAGGCCAAAUUCGUCGCCAGUCCCGCGACUAGCUCUCCCACCGCGACUUCCACGGCCAUCUCUUCCGUCGAUCCCGUUUCGGCGGCCACAACGACUGCGACUUCCCACGGGCAUGGGAAAUCUCACCACAAACAUCAGUGUCGUGCCCACCGCCACUGA